AUCAAAACAUUUCCGAAGUGUCUAUAUUAAGCGCAACAGGUGUAAGCUGUAAACUAGAGCAAACUUCUCUCGUCAGCUGAAAACUAUAAAAUAAACUCCAUAGUACACUACAACUUCGAGGAAAUGAAAUUGAAUAUUUUUGUAGCCACUUUAAUUUCACUCAGCGCAGUUGUCGCGGCACAUGAGUUGAAGUCCAAUAAGCCAACACAAGCCCACCAGUACUACGAGCAUUGCCUAAAAGAGUCGGGAGCAAGUGCAGCGCAGUUGGACGCUUUGAAGAGGGGUGAUUUCAAUGCGAUCGAUGAUAAAGCGAAAUGUUUUCUAAAGUGUCUCGAGAAUAAGAAAGAACUUUUAAAAAAUGGCGUGCCAAAUGAAGCGGGCAAAGGUAAGCUACCAAUGCCAGCUAUUGGUAAUAGCGCACCAAGAAAUGUACUAGCCAAAUGUAAUGGCUUACAGGGUGCCAACGAGUGUGACACCGCCUUUCAGUUAUAUAAGUGCUAUUUGCAGGAGCAUGUUAUCUUGAUUUGAAUUUUUUUCAUUUUCAAUACAAUCUUAUUUUAAGCAAACCUUAUGUAUAACAGAAAUAAAAUGCAUUUAAGCCAAC